UUGAAAGCAAAAGGUCUUUGUGUUCUGUUUUGACUCACACUUUUUGUGGCUGAAUGAGAUUCCAAAGCUUGUUUACUGGUGGGCAUUGGAUUUACAGUGUUUAAGAAUCCACCAUGGGUUCUGCAAAUCUAGACCAUCAGCAGCAAGACCAGUUCUUGAGUUCCUGUCUCCAAGCUUCAUCUUUUCAUGGAAUAAUAAGCAGUAACUGGAACCAAAAUCCUAUCAUGAAUGUUGGGAACAGUGAAAACAUGAUGCAGGCUAUGAAAAUGUUCAAUCUGAACAAUAGUGCCUUGCCAUUUGAACCAAGAGAUUUGAAGCCAAAUCAUGAAAUCCAAAUUCCGCCCAAUUACAGCGAGAGUACGUCAAUGAUACCCAAACUAGAGUUCACUUACUGCACUUCUAGUAAUGGAAAUUAUGCACAUAAUUCUGAUCAAGAGCUUCCUACACAAGUGAAAAUGAAGCAAGAAAUUUCAGAUCCAAUGUCAAAUUAUGGCAGAUUAGCUAGUGAGCCCUCUAUCUUUCAAGGGAUUCAAUUGGAUUAUUGUAAAAGUAACAAUGAUUUAGAAGAGUUCAAUAGAAACCUCUUAUUGAAGUGCCAAAUCCUUGGAUCGUCAAUUUCAGCAAGGGAUUCUUAUCAAUCACCUGCUAAUUUAGCCCAUUUCCCUAAAUUUAGCAGAAGUGGUUUGUUUCCUCAAGUUCUUCCAUCAGUGGAGAUCACAUCGUUGUAUCCAACCCCAUCACUCGUGAAUCCAAGAUGUGAAAAUUUGAUGCAAGCUCUGAAUUUUUCAGUCACUGCUAAAUCUGGGGAAAUUUUUCACCAAACAUCAGCGUGCUAUCCAGGUUCACUAAGUGAAGCCAGAUCAUGUGGGUUAGAAUAUCCACAAAAACAUCUGCAAAGGCCAUCAAGUAUUCCACACAAGAUCUCUACUUUCAUGGAGGAAACUGCCGGAGCAUGUAGAUUUGGCAGCAUGGGCUCGACCACUGCAUCAGAAGCACCAUCAAAGAGGCGGCGAUUCGAAGCUAGUUCUUCAUUUCCACCAUUUAAGCAGGUUAGAAGGGAGAAAUUAGGUGAUAGAAUCACAGCACUACAGCAGUUAGUAGCACCAUUUGGAAAGACUGACACUGCAUCUGUAUUGAUGGAAGCCAUUGGGUAUAUAAAAUUCCUCCAAGAACAAGUCGAGACACUGAGCGUGCCAUAUAUGAAGUUAUCUGGUAGCAAUGCCAAUGCGGGCCGCAGGAGAAGCCAUGGGGACCGUACCAAGAAUGAAGGGGACAAAGAUGGAGAUGGAGAACCCAAGAGAGACCUGAAAAGUAGAGGGCUUUGCCUUGUGCCGCUGUCCUGCACAACUCUUGUGACCAGUGAUAACGGUGCUCCUCUUUGGCCACCCUCUAAAUUUGGAGGCCCCUAGAGAGACCACUGAUCAAAUUGAACAAUUUGUUGCACAAUUCACCAAAGUAUAGCUAGCUUAAUAUUUCUCUAAAUUCCAUGCACUAGGUCUUCUUUAGAUGGAGCACAUUUGGUCUCUCUUCUCAAUACCUUCUAAAAUGGACCAAUUAUGACCCAUUAAAGUGAAUAAUGUAGCAAUCUGUAAUGAGAACCAAAUCAAUUUAAUUUAUCUUCAUUAAUUAUCAA